AUGGGUGAAUGGAGCUUCCUCGAGAGCCUCUUCGCCAACCUCUAGGCCCACUCACCGAUGCUGGGUCGCUUCUGGCUGGUCAUCAUGAUGAUCUUUCGGAUCCUCAUCUUGGGCACGGUGGCCAGCGACCUGUUCGAGGACGAGCAGGAGGAGUUUGCCUGCAACACGCUCCAGCCGGGAUGCAAGCAGGUCUGCUACGACAUGGCCUUCCCCAUCUCCCAGUACCGUUUCUGGGUGUUCCACAUUGUCCUUAUUGCCACGCCUUCGCUGCUCUUCCUCAUGUACGCCAUGCACCAUCACAGCAAGAGGAGCUCCUCCAGCCUCAGUCAGUGCAGCCUGGCUCAGAGCAGGGAGGCCCGCCAACUUAAGCGCAUGUACUUUGUCAACGUGGGCUUCCGCAUUGCAACCGAAGUGGCUUUCCUGUGGGGUCAGUGGUGGCUCUACGGCUUCCAGGUCGAGGCCCAGUUUCCCUGCAGUCGCUUUCCUUGUCCUUACACAGUGGACUGCUUCACCUCCCGUCCUGCAGAGAAAACCAUCUUCCUCUGCUUCUACUUUACUGUGGGGGUUGUGUCAGCUGUCUCCAGCUCGGUGGAACUCAUCCAAGGCUCCAUGAAGUGGUUCCGUUCCCCUCCUCAUCUGCGCGUCUUCCAGAUCCAGCAGCGGUUCGAGUCAGAGAAGAAGCUGGAGUCUGAGCAUGUGAUGAUACAUGAACACGUCAGAGUGUGA